AUGCUCUUCGAGGCGCUCACCAGCCGAGCAGGAGGGAGCCGGUGGUCAUCCAACCCUCGUGCUUCCUCCGAGGGCAUCGGUGGAAUACUCCUCCUUUCCAGUCAGCAGAGCAGCAGGAGGAGCGCCAUAGGAGGAGGAGUGCUAGUCGCCUCCAAGGUGCUGCGGGCACUGGCACUUCUUGCUGCCUACCGUGCGCUGGAUGGAGGGACAACCACGAUCCUCUUUGCUGUUGCCACCCUCGCCUUCGCUUCCCUGGUGCUGCUGCUGCUGCAGCGGCCAUGGACGGGCAAGAAGCUCGUGGUGAAGCAUGUGGUCAAGAUCGUGGUUCAAAGUACGCUACUGGCCUCCUCCUUCCUCGUGUGGACGCGUGGGCUCUUCCUGUGCGGUCCCGCGACAACAGUUAUGCUGGAGUACACGGAGGUGAUCCUGCUGAGGUUGGGGAGGAAACUGUCCUCUCGAGCAAGCCGAGGAAGGUCCAAGUGGUGGUCCAUCGCUCGCUCCCUUGCCCUCUUCUUCGCUUCCUGCCUCGUGCUGCUGUGGGAGAGGAGGCAGAGCUACGCAGCUGACGACGACGUGCCGCUCAAGCAUGCGGUGAGGGGCAACAGGACGAGCUUCAUCAGUCCUCCUCAUGGUUACGACAAGGAGCAUCAUGGGACGAGAAGCCUCAGCUCGCAUGCGAAAGAGCACAAGCGCCACAAGUUCUCUCUCUCCUCUGUCCUUGCCCACGAGCUGGAAGUCUCCGGGCUCGACUCGACCAUAAACUUCGGAGAAGAGCAAGAAAAGCCCAGCGAGCUGGAAGAUGCAAGGUUGUCGGAGCCUGCCACGGAGGAUGAGGACAACAUCAGCAUCGAUAUCGACUUUGACGAUGAUUCGACACUCCCCUUCCAGUUCGCGGCGAGGUCACUCUCUGAGUUUGCAACGGGUAUCGGCAUGCACGUGCUUGCAGCGGCUCUGUCUGCUCUGAGGAAAGGGCAGCUGCACAGUGCAUCGAAGGACCUCGGAGGUCCGAAGCGUCUGUUCGCACUCGCUUGUCCUCUCUCGGCCAUCCUGUUGCUCCUCGUCAGCUUCUACUCGAAGUUGUUCCUCACUUUCGGCAUCCGAUCGCUGCAGGCUGAUCAGAGCCUCUUCCUUACUGUCAGGAUUCACUGGAGAGAACUUCUGCAGUUCUCUUGUAUGGGCCUGCUCGUCCCCUUCUACGCAGGAAAUUUUGCGGACAAGCAUCUGCCUGGCAGCGACUGCGCGCGCAUCGGACUUCUGUCUUCCGUCGCCUCUUUUCUUUUCACCUGGGCAGUUCGCAUGUCGCCCGUCGAGCUCUCGUCUGGGGUUGUUGCUCUCACCGUCUUGUUCCUCAUCCUCUCCAUCGGCGAUGACGUCGGUGACGACUCUGUUCCCCUGGGGGUCUAUAGUGUCCCCGGCUUUGCUAGCAGUGGCAUGGCGUGGUCAGUGAUCAAAAAAUACUUCCGCCAUCUCUUGUCAGACCGCGCCACCAGCUUUCUUGCUGUGCUGCUGAGCCUGGAAAUAAUACUCCUCGUCCUUGCCCUGCUCUACGGGAUAACGUCAUCGGAGUACCUCGCCAUCGCUCCCGCUAUUUCCUUAUUCUUUCGCUGUACCAUCAUCUCCAUCGGCAAUGGGAGGUAUGAAGUCGUCGCAGCAUUUUCCAACUCCAUCUUCCUCCUCAUGCGGGGCUGCCGCCUCGCCUUCUGCUUUGUUCGUCAGAUCCUCCGUCGAGCUCCUCAUAGUGUCGCACUCCACCUCUCCUAUGGCAGAGCGAUCCCUCUGGUCCUCGAGCUCCUCAUCAACCUCUUUGGUGUUUUCAACCUGUACAAGCUUGUCAACGACUCGGACAACUUCAUAAGCGCUCGAAUCAUAACAGGGAAGGGACCUAGAGGACUGAGAGGAGCGCGACCGGAGGAUGAGGCGAAGGCAAAGAGAGCGUCGGUUUUGAUGGAACUUUCAUCGCAAAGCAGCACACAGGCCUCGGUGACUCGACUUUGGAUGGCUAUCGCCUCUUUCUUUCGCAAGUAUCUGCUCCUCUCUGACAACCCUUUCCAAAACAGCAAUCUGCAGGCGCUCUAUCUCCACGUCCUCACGGACUGUCUUGAGCAUGCUGCUGCCCUUCUGUGUGUCUACUCGCCCUACAACAAGAUGAAGCUCGUCGGAUGCUACCCCGUGCUCCAGCUCCUCGUCGGUUGCAUGACGAUCGUCGCUUCCGUCCACAUCCUCUUGGUCACCGCCCGGAUCCUCCUCCAAGUUUUCCCUCCUGAGUUUCAGUCUGCCCUCCCCUACAUCAACCGCCGGGUCCUGGGCCUCCCUAACGUCACUUCAUGCAACUCGCUGCACAUCUGGCGACUUUCGUCCCAGGUGCUGGUGGGAAGCGUUCACGUUCUUGCCUGCCACAAUCCCGAUGGGGUGUGGGAAGGUGAAAGCAUCGUCAGCGCGACCACUGCCAUUCUCCGCGAGUACGGCAUCACCUACUGCUGCGUGCAGGUUCAGAGGGAUGUGAUGCAAUUCAGCCCUGCUCGCCCCCGAGCCGAAAGAGUCUUUGAGCAGAUUGCCUCAGACGAGAGGAGGGGACUACUGGGUCUAGGGCUCUCGGAGAACGGAGGUGCUGUUGCAGGAGGCAUGGAGGACAGGAGGGAGGACUCAAGCCAACCGCAUCUUCAGUGA